UGGGCACUCAAAAAGGAGAACCGUUUUUGACCUGAAAGAUCAACAUCAGCUACUACCUACUUGCCUAUGGUACAUGAAUAUUCGUAUACCUACCUAGGUAUCUAGUAAUUUGAUGUGUCUGUUGAUAUUUCAAAUUCUCAUUCAGCUUCCGAGUCGCGAUGCCUGCCAAUUUUGAGAAACAGAGCUAUUGGCACGAUCGGUUUCAAUCCGAGACGUCAUUUGAGUGGUUGGCGUCGUCGGAGUCGUUCAUGUGCCUCGUAGAGCCUUACCUUUACGCGUUGUCGCAUGAGGAGCAUCCACCCCGGAUUCUCCAGCUGGGCUCAGGAACAAGUGAUUUGCAGAAUAGCUUUCGUUCGAGGGGUUAUCUGGACGUGACGAACAUCGACUACGAGCCUCUUGCUCUUGAGCGCGGACGUCUCCUGGAGAAGAAUGCUUUCGGCGACAUCAAGAUGAAGUACGUCGUUGCAGACGUUACGCAGCUUAGUGAUGGCUUGCCUGCAAACCAGAGAUUUGAAUUGAUCGUGGACAAAAGUACCGUUGAUGCGGUAUCUUGUGGCGGAGAGGCAGCUCUCCUGCGGAUGGCUUCUAGUGUCAAGAAAUCCCUGGCAGAUGGAGGAGUCUGGAUCUCUCUCAGCUAUUCAUCAAUCCGCUUUGAACUGGAGGGACUGCCGUUUGAUGUCGAGAUCAUAGCCAAGAUGCCGACGCCUAAGCUCAAGAUAAAUGACCCAGAUAUCUACCAUUGGUGUUACCUCCUUCGGCCAAAACCGUAAAGCUGGAAGAUGAGUAACUCAGAUCAUAUGAAGGCUCUUUCAACGAUGACUAGAGCUUGGCUUACUUCAUACCUUAUUAAGGCUGUGACUGGAUAUUUUGGCAUUUUGCCUGCUGGCUGUGUUUGUUUGUGUUAGCAUUAGGGUUGGGUUCUAAGCCAAGGAACUUCUAAUUACUACUAGUUGUACAAUACAAUACCUAGUAGUGACUGCUAUACACCAGUGGCCUGGGCCUGGGCACUGAUUGACUCUACUAUUCAAGUAGUACAUACCCUAAGGUUAGGUACCUAGUAUGUAGUACAUUUCAAGGUUAUGUGUCAGCUCCAUCAUGAUGUGUAUUACUAGGUACGUUACAUUAUGUACAUAGUACCUAUCUAAGUAGACCGUAAAACAUUCAAUGUUGAUGGCAGUUUUAG